AUGGCAGACUGGGAAUUUCCCGUCGACUCGUCCUCAGUGGCGGAGGGAUCUGCAUACCCCGAUAUUGAUGAGACUCUGCACUACCCAUGGCAGGGCCAACAAUCAAACACCGUUAGCCUUGAUUCAUCGGUGAUUGAUCCUCGUUUGUAUGGAGGCUUAUUGCCCGAAGACGAACCACAGCCAGAAUCCGAAGCCCAGCAAAAUUUCUCGGCCGAUGAGCUAUCAGAAGAGAGUCAAGUCCGACCUCCGGGCCUGAGUGAAGAAAACUCAGAUUCUGAAUUUGUGUACACGGAAGAAGAUAAUGAGAGCGGGGAUGAGGAAGACGAUGAGCCUCCUGAAGAUGAUGAUGAAGAUUCAGCUGGGGCGCGGCGGCGUCGCCGACGAGGAGGAGGCCGCUUCUCUGGCCGUUGGGGCGCCCGUGGCGGUAAAGGCAUCAAAAGGGGCCCUCGUAAGCCGUUGGAACCCGGUCCAGAAUUCAAGAUGUAUCAUUCUGGGGCCACUGAGGCCUUCAUCGAUGGUGAUUACGAGCGUGCCACCGAGUUGGUGAUGCAAGCUAUUCAAGUCAAUCCAGAGAUGUUUACGGCUCAUUCGUUGCUGUCAGAAAUCUUUCUCGCUCAAGGUCAGAAAGACAAAGCCUUGGCGGCUCUGUGGAACGGUGCGCAUACUCGACCGAAAGUCCCUUCAGUGUGGAUGAAGGUGGCUCGGCUUUUGUUGGAGCGUGCAGGUGAAGAUCGGCAAAGCGCUCUGAACGACGUCAUUUACUGUUAUAGUCGCGUGAUUGAAAUCAGCCCCAAGAGCUACAAUGUCCGAUAUCAGAGAGCGGCAGUCUAUCGCGAGCUCGGGUACAACGGUCGUGCCGCUGCUGAGUAUGAGCGGAUUCUGAAGGACCAGCCAAACAGUCCUAGGGCCCUUCGAUCCUUGGCGGAGAUCUAUAUUGACCUGAACGAUGUGCCAAGGGCAAUCGAGCAUUGGACAGAAAGUGUUGACUACUACUUGACGUGUGAUCCGGAGAAAGUACGGGAUUUUGGCUGGUCCGAUGUCAACAUCUACGCCGAACUUUUCGGCUACAUUGGCCAACCCGAUGAAGGCCUCCAUGCUCUAAAAGCACUUGCAAGAUGGCUUCUCGGCCGCAAGGAUGAUGAGAUGUGGGAUGAUUUUGAGGAUGACGACCGGGAAUGGGACCCGGAAGACUCACCACGUCGUAUCAAGACUGAUGGAUUCAUUCCUGGCCAGUGGCCUCGGGAUGCCUACGGUCUUGGACUUCCGCUUGAGCUUCGAAUCAAGAUGGGUCUGUUCCGCUUGAAGAUGGGUGAAAGACAUCACAAUGAAGCUCUGCACCAUUUUGAAUGGCUGAACCCAGACGAUACAUCAGAAGGCGCUCGAAUCUUUGAUUAUGGUGACCUGUUCCGCGAGGUCGCAGAUGCCCUCAAAGAAUUCGGAUUGCUGGACGAAGCCCUCCGUUUCUAUACCCCGAUUCAAGAAACCACCGAAUAUGCAGACAUCAGCUAUUUCAUGGCCAUGGCUGAUUGUUAUACACAGCUGGGAAAGGUGGAGGAUGCAGAGACUUGCUACCUAACUGUUGCCGAGCAUGACUCAAAGAAUAUGGAGUCCCGCGUGGAGCUAGCGAAACUGUAUGAGAGCCUCGGGAUGAGCGAGCAGGCCUUCAAGUUCGUAAACGAAGCUGUUCUCAUUGGGCGUCAAGAGACGAGGACUCGUCGACGAAGAAAGGACAACAGACUUGAGCAGUUGGCUGAUGAGUUCAGAAUUGGGGCUGUAGCAGCUAGACCGAUUGCACCCAGACCUACUGAUGGACUUGCAUUUACGGCAGCAGCAGCCGGUGGCCGGAGGAGGUCAUUCGACGGAGAAGGUAGUCGGACGGAAAAUAUCCAGUUUCUGUACAACAAAAUGCAGCAGCUGGAGCCACUGAUCAAGCAAGGCGACACAGAAGCCAUUGACGACUGGCUUGAUAUUGCCGAUGCGCUGCUGCGAGAUUUCAAAGCCAAUCGUAGUUUCUAUCCUAUCGCGCGCACAAUGGAAUUUCGAGGAUAUACCAGCGACGCACAACGAAAAUCGGGCAAAGGAAAAGAUAUGACCAUGAUGAGCGAAAUGGAAGAGAUGGCAGGGCGCUUGCAGAAAUCCAUGGGUGGUGAAUCGACCGAAGAACCUUUGAAUGACAUUGUCCCGACCGACUACCAUGGGAUUUCUUUUGACGAGUGGCUUGACAUCUUCCUCCAAUAUGCUCUCCUUGUGACUGAUCAGGGUGAGCACGAGGAAGCAUAUGAAACCCUCGAAGCUGCUGAUCAUGCCAAUAUUUGGCACAAUGUCAAAGCCAAAAAGCAGUUGGUCCAUGUUUGCUGGUUCACUUGUGCAAUCAGAGCUCAUGAUGAAGAGACACUCUUAGACCAGGCGCGUUGGUUCGUCAAGGAGUACCAAUUCAUUACCGACACUUAUCGGAUCUUUGCGAUGUUGAGCAGCUUUUCUAACAAUCGAAGGAAGACGAUCUUCAAUAAUUCAGCAAGCAUGAAAUUCAUGCUACGCCAGAUCAAGGCGAUGGAUUACACUCUACCAGAAUCUUGCGGGCGGCCCAACCAUACUCGAAAUACUAUCUGGAAGGAGCGUGCCUCUCUUUCGACUCGUGACGAAAAAGGCGAACCCAUUCCAGCAGGAGAAUUGGAUGCCGCUCUGCUUGUUCUUUACGGCCACAUGCUUUACUCCGGAGGCAGUUUCUACCCUGCUUUGAAUUACUUUUUCCGUGCAUACGCCUUGGACGACCAGAACCCCGGUCGACAAUCUGAGAAUCGGCAUUUCCUUAUCAUGCAGGGUCUUUCUUUUAUGGAUGAAUAUCGCCGCGUCCGAGAAAAACCUGGGUCACUUCUUCAAGAGCGCCAAGAGAUGGAGUUCAACUUUGCGCGUGUGUACCAUGGCCUUGGAUUGACUCAUCUGGCCAUCGAGGCCUACAACAAGGUGCUCAAGCUGGGCGAUGAUAUUCAGAAACAUGCCCAACAAAAAUUCGAUGGCACUGAUGUGGUGAUGGGCGAAGCAGACCAGGCUCGAUUCAGUCAAUUUGUCGAGGAUUUCUCUCACGAAGCUGCUUUUGCUCUUCAAACUUUGCACGUACUUGCUGGCAAUGCAAAGCUUGCAAAAGAUGUGACAGACAAGUGGCUUGUCAUCUGA